AAGCUACACAACCUCAGAUUAUUUGCUCUUCUGAGCCAGUACAAGCAGUAUACAGUGAACAUGUCCUCCUGCAGUGCUACCUUAAGCCCCCACUGAACGCAACAUCUGAGACAGUAAAGUGGACUUGUGGGAAUGACGUUGUAAUCCUUUGUCAAAAUGGAAAAUAUAAUCCUGGAGCACAGAGAGAGCAUUUUGAAGCACGGACUGCUCUCUCCCAGGAGGCGUUAACCAAAGGAAAUCUGUCACUGAUGCUGACCUCACUAAAACUCACUGACACCGGGAGAUACAAAUGCUCCUUUAUCACUGAUAAUGUGGAGAAAAGUUGUUAUGUUAACCUCACUGUUGGAGAGUCUGAUGUGAUUGGCUCAGAUGAACCAGUGAAAGCAAAUGUCGGUGAGGACGUCAUUCUGCCGUGUCACCUGGAGCCCCCAUUUAAUGUGUCGACUCUCACAGUGGAGUGGAAACGCAAUAAAACUUAUGUGCAUGUUUAUCGAAGUAUGAAACAUGAUCCAAAUCAGCAGAACAGUCACUUUAUAAACAGAACAUAUCUCUUCUGUGACGAAAUCGGGAAAGGCAACAUUUCCUUAUUGCUGAGAAAUGUGAGCAAAGAAGAUGAAGGGCUGUAUAUCUGCUAUGUUCCCAAACUUCAUAGUCAAGUCAGAAAGGGGAACAUUACACUAAAAGUUGAUGCAGCAAAACAUGAUACAAAACAGUUUAAUGGAUCAAUUAAUAAUAAGAGCACUAAAAACACUGAUGGUGCUGAUGACACUACUGUCAUCACUGCUGUCAUCACUGCUGUCUGCACUGCUGUCUUCCCUGCUGUCAUCAUUGCUUUCAUUGCUUGGUACAUCUGGAAAUGUUGGCAAAACC